AUGAGUGCUGAAGAGGGUGAAUUAGUCGCCUCCAAGGAGGUUACCCAGCAGGUUUUCCAGAGGCUGGCUUCGAAAUUGGAAAAUCGUGUAUGUUUUGACUGUGGAAAUAAGAAUCCAACAUGGACAUCUGUCUCAUUUGGUGUUAUGCUUUGUAUUCAAUGUUCUGCAACUCAUAGAAAUUUGGGUGUCCAUAUUACGUUCGUUAAAUCAAGUUCCUUAGACAAAUGGACUGUGGAUAAUCUGCGUAGAUUUAAAGUAGGUGGUAACCAUCGUGCAAGAGACUACUUUAUGAAAAACAAUGGUAAACAUCUUUUGAGCACAUCCAAUGUCGAUGCUAGGGCUAAGUAUACAAGUGCCGUGGCUAAGAACUACAAAAAACAUUUAGAUCAUAAAGUUACAAAGGAUAUUGAACAAAAUCCUGAUGGCAUUGUAGUUGAUGAAGAAACUGGUAAUGAUUCUUCAAAUUCUUCACGAACAGGUUCUAAAGAAGGCAGCGUGGAUGAUUUUUUCGCUAAUUGGCAAAAACCUCAAGCUUCCAAUGGAUCAAUUGCAUCUCGCGGGAGUUCAGCUGCACCUUCUCCAAAACCUUCUACUAGUUCCAGUUUUACCAAUGGCAGUGCGGAUAAAUCUAAAUCUUCCAUCUUAUCCGGUUCUAGGAAGAAGCCAAGUGUUAGUAACACAUCUUCACAAGCGAACGGUGCUAAGAAACAUUCAAUUUUAGCAUCUUCUAGAAAACCAACGAGAUUAGCCGCUAAUAAAGUGGAUAAGUCUGAAGCAAAUGAUCUUUUCGAUCAAUUUGAGAAAGAGGCUGAACAAGAAAAAGUGGAGAAAAAAUCAAAGGACUUCGGCAGCAGUAGGAAACCAAGAACUUCCUAUAAAUCAUCUAGUGCAUUUGAUGAUGAUAAGGAUUACAAUGCGGACCAAGCUAGUGCGUUUGGAAAACAGUCAAAGAAGGAUGACUUUUUCGAUGACGAUGAAUUUGAUGAACCAGCAACUCAAACUGGACCAGUGGAAGAGUUACAACCAAAAUUUGCUAAGCUUGGAUUUGGUAUGACUAUGAAUGAUGCCGAUCAAUUGGCCAAAAAGCAAAAGGAAACCCGCGUAGCUGCUGCAGGUCCUAAAUAUACGGGUAAAAUUGCCGCUCGUUAUGGUGGCCAAAAGGCAAUUUCUUCGGAUCAAUUAUUUGGUAGAGGUAGCUAUGAUGAAGAAGCAUCAAGAGAAGCAAGAGAUAAACUAAAAACUUUUGAUAAUGCCACAUCGAUUUCAUCGUCAUCUUAUUUCGGUGAAGAACAAGAAGAUGAAGAAAACUUAAUGGAGGCACAAGCCAACAACGGAUUUAUAGAUUUCAACCUGGGCGAAGACGACGACAUGCAAAUGCUAAAGAAUGCUAUUGAACAAGGUGCUCAAAAAUUAGGUAGCUACUUAAGAGACUUCCAAAGGAGGUGA